GCCAGUCUCCGCUUCCUUCUUCCGUCUUAUGUACCCGUUCCAAUUCAUAACGCUUACACUGUUGUUCAGUCAGCCAACUUGUUCUCCUCCCUCCAUUCAUUCUUACUCUUUAUUAUACUAUUACACUUUCUAUUAUAACAUCUAUUCAUAUUUUUCAUAUUGUUCUUUCUAUACUCCAUCGCCUGCCCUCUAGCCCCAGUUCCUCUACCCAAGAGCAAGUCACAUCAACUCUCAUCAUCAUCGACCACAUCCAUCCUCCAUCAUUGCCAUUCAGCUCCACCAGAGAGUACAUUGAACCCUCUAGCGCUGUAACUGCACUCAACCCCUCCCCGGUCGCAGUCCAGUUCAAUAAUUGCCAGCAUCGCUAGUUGUUUUUUUUUUUGGUUUUGUUUCUGGAUGACUGGAUAGCAAGCUCGGAACUCAACUACCUGUUACUGCCGGCCGUCCCGUUCACACCGAUCCACCAAGGUUUUGCUCUCGACACCCAUUCAAUUCAUUCGCUCGUCGCUCAGCAAGAUUAGCUUAUCAUCAUCACCACAGCGACCCCUGCGAAUCAUAUUUGCUCACUGCAUUGCGGUUUAUUCACAUUCUCCGUUGAUUGAUAGUGAUUUCAAUCGAGUAUUGAAUAUUUAUCAAGCUUACGUUUAACUCCAGCGGUCACGACAUACAUUGCGUCAAUAAUUGUCUUGGCAUUCACGCUUCUUGGAAGACCCCCUGCGCGCAGGUAACUCAGCCCAACCGUUGUCCGGCCCAUCCCUCCAAUGUCAUCGCAGACAUACUCAAUGGUCUCACAGCCAUCCCCCGCCCUGCCCCCUGCCCUUCCUUUUAUCUCCUCUCCCGAUUCGGUCAAUGUGGCCCCCAGCUCCAACACUCCGCCGGGGCAAGAAGCUCGACAAGCCUAUUACCCCUCGGCCGUCAAAGUCGAUCCGACUGACACCUCAAAUCAGCCGUCUGAUUUUGAUUUGCAUUCUCUCUCGGCAGGCCCCCACCAUCCGGCCGCCAAUCCGGCCGACCAUGACCCUUCGGGAGGAUAUGCCACAUCCAAACCGGUCUUAGAGACUGAUGGUGUUGUCUCCUCUGAAGUAGGUGAUGUUCCUGGAAUUCUACACCAGGAUCUUCAUCCAGAUGGUCAACCAAGGCGGCCAAUGAACGCAUUCAUGAUUUUUGCCCGUCAUCGUCGACCAGCCAUCCAAGCCAAGGAGCCUGGGCUCAAAACCGGCGAAAUCUCAAAGAGAUUGAGUCACGAUUGGAAGAACCUCCCGGAGGAGGAUAAGUCUCAUUACCUCGAGCAAGCCAAAUUACUGAAGGAUGAGUUUCAUUCCCGCUUUCCCGAGUACGUUUACAAACGCCGUCCCAAUAACACCGGCAAGCGUCGCUCCAGUACCUCACAGCAGCAGAUGCAUGCCAAGUUUGCAUGUGGCCCCGGUGGUCCCCAAUCUAUGAACCUUCCACCGGGCUCAAUUCACAACGGAAUGCCUCAUCCGGCGGAUGUCCACCACUACCACCAUCAUCUUCAUCCUUCACAAGGUGAUCUUUACAACCAGGGCCAUCCACAUCACCUUGCGCAUCACCAUCACGUCCAGCCCCCCUCGCGGCCCUUGUCCUCUAUUGCACAGCACUCUCCCAAAUUACCCAACUCCUUCUAUCCAUCCCCAAACAACCCUACCUCUCCCAGGUACCAUCACCUCGGCCAACCUGCCCCGGGUUCCAACUGCGGACCCUUGAUAAACAGGCAUCCCGGUCCUUACUCUUCCCGCGCGCCACCGCCCACUUCCACCACAACAGUUGCCCCUUCCGCGAUUCAUUCUCCACGACCCGGCUCGCCAAAUCCUCCGUCAUCUGCCGCCCCCAACGGCAUGUCCUAUAUGCGCGUUUCUAACUCUCAUACAAUCAAUUAUUCGGCGCAGCCAUCGACCAACCAAUAUCCUUGGUUCUCCAACGAACCAUCUUACUCCUCCACUCAGCACGCUUGCCACACGCAAGCUCCGCUGUCGGCAAAUCGCUCAUCAUUUAGCUAUUCAUCGUGGCCAUCAUCUGUUGCCACAGAUUCGAGUAUGUCGACAUCCGGACUUAAUAGUUCCGAUGCUUGCGAUCCAGCUCAGUCUAUCAGCCACAGUCGUGCUGCAUCGUACUCUGCCGGUCCACCGAUCUACCAGCCUCCUUCUCCGGUUGAUCGAGGUCGCCAGCUAUCUUUGCCGUCACACGCGCUAUCUGCACCUGGUGCUGAAGUUUCUCAGAACGGGCCUGACUCUGGCUCCCCGUACCAACAUCGCCCUCAUCAUGAGCAUCAAUCCAACCCGAACUUGCAUAAUCCCAGCAACCACAAUUACGGCUCCUAUCCGUCUUCUGAUAUCAACAACAACAACAACAACAACAACAACAACAACAGCCAGCGGCCUGCCUACAGCGUCUCGCCAGUCUCAAGCGCUUUCCGAUCCAAUUCUAUCCGGAAUAACCUUGCCCCAUCGGUCAAUGGCCCCCAAGAAAACAGCGACGUUCAAUCAUGCUUUGACCAACAUCAAUCCCCGAGUAUCAAUGCAUCAAGUAAUCCGUCGGCUUUACAACCUUCAAAGAAUGAUUUUGUCACGCAAUGUAGCCCUCUCCACCAUCCUGCACCACCACCUCCCCCACCGGCCGAAGCCACCAAACAUCACAAGUACCAGCACACAUCUGUCACACCAAUGGCUUACUAAUCAAGCUUCUCAAAUCUUGUAUUAGUGCCGAGUGACUUUUCCAAACCAUCCUCAUGUGUUCAAUCCAACAUCAUCUGUGGUACAAAUCAUUCAAUGCUGUACCUCCUCCUUACUCUGUCACCAGAAAAAAACAAAUGUAGUUGAAUUCCUAAGCUGUAGCCUUUUGUUUGGCUACUUGCACAAACUUGAGGGGGAGCUGACAGAUUCUAUUGACUAAAUCUUCUCAUUUUGUUCUUGGACUGUCGUCGUUAUUUCAUAAACAUAUUUGUGAAUUCUAGGAAUUUGUUACCAAGUUGGAAAACCAAAAACAAAACAAAAAGUAGACCAUCCUCACUACAUAAUCAUUAUUCAUACCUACGCUGAGUGGAGGGUCUCUGCUCCUGGAAGUUACUUGAUAUAUGUCUCACCUAAUUCUUAGUAAUCCCCCAUUUUUAUUAUUAUUUAAUCCAUUAGGUUGAAUACUGUUUGGUUUGACUCCUGCUUGUAUUGUGCUGCUUGUUUCUUCUUCUUUUUUUUCUUUUCCUUUGUUUCUUCAACAAAAAACAGAUUGGUUUUUUUUUUUUUGGUUUUUGUUGGAUUGUAAUUAGAUUUUAAAAAAAAAAAAGAAAGAGAGAGAGAAGUUUGUCACAGAAAUUCAAAAAGAAU